CUUGCAGAGGGGGAGAGAAAGAGGGUGAGAGAGAGAGGACGGUAUUGUGCAUUGACUCGAUGUUAUGAGGCUGCCAUGAAAUGAACAUCAAACGUGAACUGUUUUCCGAUCCACUGAAGAGCCCUGCUGAAGAGGAGUGGUUAGGGAGGAGGAAGAUCAUUAUUAUGCACUUUUAAAUCGACGUCUCCUUGUACGCAGCACGGCAACCUCACAGCAGCACGAGCCCCCAGUGCGUUUUGAUCCACGAAGAAGAAGUUGAGUCAGGCGGGCGAUGAUUCGCAUCUGAUUGUUGCUCAACUACUCCUGAGAGAGGACUGCAAGCGGGCAAAAAUCGCUGAAUUUUGGCAACGGAGAAGCAGAUUCCUGCCCGAGGAUUGCACAAUCCCUUUUCUCCAACAUGUCAUCUCAGGCGAAAGUCAAGAAGGACAAAGAGAUUAUUGCCGAAUAUGAAACCCAAGUGAAAGAGAUCCGUAACCAGCUGGUGGAGCAGUUCCGAUGUCUGGAGCAGCAGUCUGAGUCUCGGCUACAGCUGCUGCAGGACCUGCAGGAGUUCUUCCGCAGAAAGGCCGAGCUCCAGCUUGAGUACUCGAGAGGACUGGACAAGCUGGCCGAGCGCUACUCCGCCAAGAUCCGCACCUCCAGAGAGCACCAGCACUUUAAAAAGGACCAGAAUCUCCUCUCCACUGUAAACUGCUGGUAUUUGGUCCUGGACCAGACUAGGCGGGAGAGCAGAGACCAUGCCACACUGAGUGAUAUCUACAACAACAACGUCAUUGUCCGGCUGGCGCAUGUGGGCGAGGAUGUCAUCAGGCUUUUCAAAAAGAGCAAAGAGAUUGGGGUGCAGAUGCACGAAGAGUUAGUCAAAGUCACCAAUGAGCUCUACACAGUGAUGAAGACAUACCACAUGUACCACACUGAGAGCCUGAGCGCUGAGAGCAAGCUGAAGGAGGCCGAGAAACAGGAAGAGAAGCACAUUGGGAAAGCUAAUGAUAUCAGCUCAAGCCUGCUGCGGUACGGUCACGACGAACGUCCUCAACGACGGAGUUCGGUCAAGAAGAUGGAGAAAAUGAAGGAGAAGAGACAAGCCAAGUACUCUGAAAACAAGCUGAAAUGCACAAAAGCACGCAAUGACUAUCUUCUCAAUCUGGCAGCCACCAACGCCUUGGUGGCCAAAUACUACAUCCACGAUGUCUCAGACAUGAUAGAUUGUUGUGACCUAGGUUAUCAUGCAAGCAUGGCUCGUACCUUGAGGACCUACCUAUCUGCAGAGUAUAGUCUGGAGACUUCUCGCCAUGAGGGUCUGGACUUGCUGGAGGGAGCAGUAGAUGCCAUGGACAUCAGAGGAGACAAGCUGAAGUUUAUGGACACGCACAGCCAGAUCUUUUGUCCUCCGGCUCGCUUCGACUAUCAGCCACACAUGGGGGAUGAGGUGUGUCAGGUGAGUGCACAGCAGCCUGUCCAGACAGAGCUCUUGAUGCGCCACCAUCAGCUGCAGUCCCGCUUGGCCACGCUGAAGAUAGAGAAUGAAGAGGUGAGGAAGACUCUUGAUGCCACCAUGCAGACCCUUCAGGACAUGCUCACUGUGGAGGACUUUGAUGUGUCAGAGGCUUUCCAGCACAGCCAGUCCACAGAGUCAGUCAAAUCAGCUUCCUCUGACUCCUACAUGAGCAAGGCUAAUAUCAGUAAGCGACGAGCCAAUCAGCAGGAGACUGAAGGCUUCUACUUCACUAAAUACAAGGAGUACUUGAAUGGUAGCAACCUCAUUAUCAAACUGCAGGCCAAGCAUGAUCUUCUGAAGCAGACGCUAGGAGAAGGGGAGAGGGCUGAAUAUGGAACAACAAGGCCCCCCAUUCUUCCCCCUAAACCCCAGAGAAUGCGGAAGUCUAGACCUCGCUCCGUUUUUAACCGUAAGCUGUUUAACGGCAAUAUGGAGGCCUUCAUUCAGGAUUCAGGGCAGCCCAUACCAGUGGUGGUUGAGAGCUGUGUGCGCUACAUCAAUCUGUACGGUCUUCAGCAGCAAGGUAUAUUUCGAGUUCCUGGCUCCCAGGUCGAAGUCAACGACAUUAAGAAUGCAUUUGAAAGAGGAGAGGAUCCACUAGUGGAUGAUCAGACCGAUCAUGAUAUCAACUCUGUGGCGGGUGUUCUGAAACUCUACUUCAGGGGGCUUGAAAACCCACUCUUCCCUAAAGAGCGUUUUGUCGACCUCAUAUCCACAACCAAGCUUGACUCAGGUGCAGAGAGAGCUCAUCACCUCCAGCAGAUCAUAGUGACUCUUCAGCGGCCUGUCAUCAUCGUCAUGAGAUAUCUGUUUGCGUUCUUAAAUCAUCUUUCUCAGUACAGUGAUGAGAACAUGAUGGACCCCUACAAUCUGGCUAUUUGCUUCGGUCCCACAUUAAUGCCCAUACCAGAUGACCAGGACCCCGUGGCCUGCCAGGCGCAUGUUAAUGAAGUCAUCAAGACAAUUAUCAUCCACCAUGAGAUCAUCUUCCCAACACAGCGAGAGUUAGAGGGACCUGUGUAUGAAAAAUGUAUGGCUGGUGGUGAGGAGUACUGUGAAAGCCCCCACAGUGAGCCAGGAGCUCUUGAUGAUGUAGACAACGGUACUGGACCUAACACAAGUGAUGAAGAGCUGGAGCAGAUUGAGGCUAUAGCAAAGUUUGACUAUGUUGGCCGAAGUCCUCGAGAGCUUUCCUUUAAGAAGGGAGCCUCUCUGCUCCUCUACCUGCGAGCCUCUGAGGACUGGUGGGAGGGUCGACAUAACGGCGUGGAUGGGCUGAUUCCACAUCAGUACAUUGUGGUACAAGACAUGGAUGAUGCAUUCUCAGAUAGCACACAAAGGACAGACAGCACAGCUAGCAGUGGACCACACCAUGAGGAGAGAGCCGGAUCCAGAAACGAACACCAGACUCCUUGUGAAAAUACACCUGAGCACCGAUUUGGAGCAGCAUUGGGAAGAGUGAGGGUGCGAUCAGAUGGAGCGGCAGGCCCUCGCCACAGGAAUGGCGCUGACAGUCACAGCCCCAGCAGAGCUGUGGACCAGCCCCCCAGGGUGAUGCCUCGACCUUGCAGCCCACACAAAAUAGCAGUUAGCAGGGGUCCAACAGACAGCCCAGAGAAACGCCGUCUCACCACAUUUGGCAGUGCUGGCUGCAUCAACCACCCGGAUAGAAAGGCCUUCAUCGAAAGCCACUCCCAACGAUCUUCACCCAGCACCACUCGGCAUGCAAGUUUGGGAGAUCACAAAACUCUUGAGGCUGAAGCACUAGCUGAGGACAUCGAGAAAACCAUGAACACGGCUCUUCAUGAGUUGCGUGAGCUGGAGCGACAGAAUGUAGCCAAACAUGCCCCUGAUGUUGUUUUGGACACUCUGGAGCCCCUCAAGCACCCUGCUGGAGGCCAGGAGCCGCCUGGCAGCCCACUGCACACCAUGGUGAUCAGAGAUCCAGAUGCAGCCCAGAGACGCAGCAGCAGUAGCUCCUCCUCUGAGACCAUGACCACUUUUAAACCUGCUCUGUCAGCACGCAGACCGAGUGCACCUCUAAGACCCCCACCUGUCAGACCCGUCCGACCUGCUCCUGUGAUUGGACAGGGUCAGGGACCACACCGCUCCAGCAGCUCUAGUUCCUCUGGUCUGGGAAGCCCAGGCAUCACACCCACUGACAGGAUGUUUCCCAAACCUCCCUCCCCAUCUCCAUCCACCUCCUCCUCUUCCUCAGACAAACAAGGUAACAUGUAGCUCCAGUCAGGCACAAGUCAAGCAGUGGAAGAACACUGCUGAUAAUGAUUGAUGAACUCCUGGUCUGUAUGCUGAAUAUUUACCAUUAAUCUUGUACAGUGUCAGACAGCUGCUGAUGUCUGACAGCUCAUUGGUGGACAUGUAGAUGUGAUCUAUGAUAAUAUUACACAGAAAUGGGAUCUAAGUUUAUAAGAAAAAAAAAUCAUACAAUGCUUUGUGCUGGAAAUAAGGGAUGCACUGGAAAAUAAUUCUGAUUACAAUCUCACAAUGAAUUCUUUGUUUACAAAUAUGCUGUAAGCUUGGACUUGUAAUCUGGUUUCAUUGUCAAUAAAGAGGGAAAUUUAAGGGAA